GGAAAAAGAGCAGUAAGCAGUGUGAUUUUCAAGUGCAUCACAUGCCGCAAAUUAAGGGGCAGGCAACCUGAACAGAUAAUGGCUGAACUUCCUGAGGACAGGCUGUCCACGGACCCUCCUUUCACAAAUGUAGGCCUUGAUGUGUUCGGUCCCUGGUCCGUUACAGUGAGAAAAACGCGUGGUGCUAAUGCAGAUGCUAAAAGAUGGGCAGUCAUAUUCACCUGCAUGAGUACACGUGCAAUUCAUAUUGAAGUGAUUGAGUCAAUGGACACAUCGUCGUUCAUUAAUGCACUGCGUCGUUUCUUUGCCAUCCGAGGUGGUGCCAAACUCUUGAGAUCUGAUUGUGGGACAAAUUUUGUGAGUGCCUGCAAAGAGCUCCAAAUAGACAAACUAGGCUGUCACAAUGACAAAAUAGGCACAUUCUUGAAAGACAGUGCGUGCAAAUGGCAGUUUAAUCCUCCACAUGCAUCCCAUAUGGCCGGUUCCUGGGAACGCAUGAUCGGCGUCACCCGAAAAAUCCUCAAUGCAAUGCUCCUUGAACAUCCAUAUGGGAAGCUCACACAUGAAGUACUCGUAACAUUGUUAGCUGAAGUUACCGCAAUUGUAAAUGCCCGUCCGCUAACAGCCGUUUCUACAGAUCCCGAAAACCCAGUCAUUCUUACUCCUGCGAUGCUACUCACGCAAAAGGUUGGCACACCACCGAUUCCACCAGGGCAGUUUCAGACCAGUGACCUAUUCAAAGCCCAAUGGAAGCGCGUGCAGUACUUAGCUAAUGUUUUCUGGAGUCGUUGGCAGAAAGAAUACAUCGCAGGCCUGCAGGUUCGUCACAAGUGGAAAACAAAAAAGCCGAACCUUCAAAUGGGCGACGUUGUUUUAAUGAGGGAGUCUCUAGAACAUAGGAAUAAUUGGCCACUCGGACUGAUCACAAAAUCUUUCCCAAGUGAGGACGGUAAUGUCAGAAAAGUUGAGGUUAAGAUUUGCCGAAACGGCGAGAAUAGGUUUUACAUUCGCCCAAUUCGUGAAGUUGUGCUUUUGCUGUCUAAGGGUAGCAUGUAAAACGAGUUGUUGUUGUGUAUCGUUCAUUAGUUAAGAGCUGACAUCUUGCAGAUGUCAGGCGGGGAGUGUUAUGUCCUCUGGUCUUAUGUUGACUACUUUUUGGGUUUAAUUUCUUUCUAAGAUUGUAUAUUGUUCAUCCGUCCACAGGAUGUCGCUAUUGUAACUCAGAAUCUUAAGUUUUUCUUUGGUAUUGCUGUUUGCGCUCGGCUUCCCCUAGUGGCGAUUUGCUGUAAGCAGCAGGCAGAAAGAACUUUUUAUUUCAGUUGGAAAAGAGGCCUUGAGGUGUUAAGACGUUACACACCUCCUCUGCACCAUACAUCGUUGGGAACCCUUGACAAAACAAAAUCUUUUUACCACACACACACACACGCACACGCACGUUCACGCGAAGAAAUAAAUGAGAGGAAGGAGUUUGGGCCUCCAUUUUUCUUUGUUGGUUUAGCUCGCUGCCAAAGUCGAGUAGCCAUACGCUCGGCUGAGGGCAGAAGACUCGAUGGUAAAUGUUGAGAUUCAAAUCAAGCAUUUGGUUAAGAUUAACGAAUUAUGUUUUUCUAUUUUUCCUUUCUUUCUGUACUCUACUCCUCCAUAUCAAGAUUCAACAAACGCUUUUUCAAAUUCCAAUGCACUGGCUCGAGUGACAAAUAAAAUAAAUGUUUCUCAUUACUAUUCCAAUCAUGCCAGUGUGAGAAUUGUUGUAAAUGUAAAGUCCAAAGCUUUGGAAGAACCUGCUAUUGGCCCUUUAUAUUGUCCAAUAAAAUCUGUGUCCAAGUUGUUGCAAUGUCUUUUUAAGGGAUUGAAAUCUGGUUGCCAAUCGAAAGACAAAUUUUAGAAAAAGAUGCAUUGUAUUUUUUUGCCUCGGUUUUUUUUUUUCCCUCUCUCUGG